AUGUCUAGCGAUUGUGGUAAGGUGGAGACCGAUGUUGAAAGCAAGGCUUCUGGUGCCAAGUUCCAUGAAAUGUUCACACACAAACCACACCACAUCUCCAAUGCCAGCAAUAGAAACAUUCGGGGCUGUGACCUACAUGAAGAUGAAAAAGUCAAAGUUGCUAAGGAGUUGGUUGAAGCCAUAGACGCUGAAAAUAAUCUGAUCACCUUCAAAGUGAUUGAAGGAGAUCUUUUGGAGCAUUACAAGAGCUUCAAGGUCACCAUCCACGCAACACCGAAAGGCGAGGGAUGCAACGUGCACUGGACUAUGGAGUAUGAGAAGCACCAUGACGAUAUUGAAGGUCCACAUACAUUGCUCCAGUUUGCAGUUGAGGUCUCCAAAGAUAUUGAUGCUCACCUUACAAGCACCGAUGCAAAAUAA